GAAAGGAAGAAGGGAACAGCAUCUUAUGACCGCUUGGGGAAGAUCAAGCCUCUGUAUGACAACAUGAGGGAUGCCUGCAGAACAUUUUUUCAUCCAAGUCAGAACAUCUCCAUAGAUGAGAGGAUGGUGGCAUCAAAGGCGAGGUCUGGACUAAAGCAAUACAUGAAGAACAAACCCACUAAAUGGGGCUACAAUCUUUUAGUCUUGGCAGACUCACUAAGUUGUUACACCUGUGCGUUCUUUGUGUAUCAGGGUAAGUCGAUGCCAUCCCAGAAUGGGCUGAGUUAUGAGUCUGUCAUGUCACUCAUAGACGAAAAGAUGUUGGGCGCUGGUUAUAAGCUGUAUGUUGACAACUUUUACACCAGUCCCAUGCUUUUCAGAGACCUCCUCUCAAAGAGGAUUUGGGCUUGUGGCACCAUUCGUCCUAACAGGAUUGGUUUCCCUAAGACCACCACCAACAGAUUGCCGCGGAAUGCUCCACGAGGGUCCAUUCAAUGGCUCAGAGAGGAUGAGCUGCUGUUUGUGGAAUGGAAAGACACCCGGGAAGUACUGAUGUGUUCUACAUUCAACAAAGCAUAUGAAGGUGACACAGUGCAAAGGAGGAUCAAGGACAAUGAUGGGCAGUGGUCCCAAGUGUAUGUACCUAUUCCAGGUGCUGUGCUGGACUACAACAGGUUCAUGGAUGGGGUGGACCUGUCUGAUGCCCUCAUUGGAUACUACAAAGUGCUCCACAAGACAAGGAAAUGGUAUCGGACCUUCUUUAACCACUUUGUAGACAUUGCUGUUGUCAAUGCCUUCAUUUUGCAUCAGCAUCUGGCUAGAGAAAAGAAGGAAAGACCUUUGACCCAGAAAGCAUUCAGGGAAACGCUUGUUCUGGAACUUGCUGGCUUGGAAUCAGCCACAGCUGCUCCUCCAGCUUCGAGUGUCGUCUGCCACAACCCAAAGCACAUCACAGAUGACAGCACUGCUGGCCGCCGAAAGUGCACGCUUUGCCAUCAGAAGACACCAGUCAUGUGUGCAACCUGUGAGGUGUCACUGUGUUUUCUGCCUAAGCGUGACUGUUUCAAUGUCUGGCAUGCACAGGGUGGGAAAUAUUAAUCAUGUUUUUAGUUUACGUGUUACAUUGUAUACAAAGUUCAAAUCUAAUAGUUGUUCCAGAAAUGUUCCCAGGUUUAGGUGGAUCCAUCAGACCCUGAAAAAUUGUUCUGAGGAGGGAGAUGAAGGGAGUUGAAGCCAUUGCUGGUGUGAGACUAUAACAGCGAGGGAUGCAUGACCAUGGGUGUCUUCUGAGUCGGCGCAGUUGAAGCAAGUGGAUUGACUGGAUUGAGGCAGUAUAGAGGCUUUGUUUCCCAGUUGGUUAGAGGACAAACCUUCUUCGUGACUGCCUUGAAUGUCUUCCUAUAGUUUGUAAAAGUUGUUUUAGUAACUGGAUAAUUAUAAUAAUUAGUAGUUACAGUUACAA